AUUAAAAUAAUGAAAAUUAAUUUGCAAAUUGUAUGCAUUCAGGGCCUCAUCAAUACUGUGCCGAAUCCUUCCGAUGGGUCUUCGAUACGAUGUCUCGCCGUUUGACAAAAACGACGGCAAAACAGUUGAAGUGGUCUUCUCUUCGCAGUCGACCGACGCUAUAGUUUACGUAACGGUCGUUUUGGUCAUAUAUAUCGUCAUAUUCUUGAUUCUGGUCAUCACGAGCUACAGGAAGAGCGCUGCCCUCAGAAACAGUCUGAACCGACACCUAAGGCAACAAAACGCCAGCAAUUAUGGCGCGACUGUUAUAGUGGACUGCGAUAGCAAAGGACGGGUUCGGUGCGAAACCAUCGAUGACAAUAUACAGGAGGCCACACAACUCUGA